UUUGCGCGCUGCGCCGCUUCCAUGAGCUCUGUGACGACUUUUUAGAAAGUAAUGACAGGACUAAAUAACUCGGCUUAACAAUCAGCAACGUUACUUUCAGGGCUCGCCGUCCCUGGCUGCCACUCAGAGAUCCUAUUGCCCCCCCCUGGACUGACAGCAGCUGCCUCCAGUCUCCUCUGCCAUGGAAGAUGAUGCCGACCUGCCCCCUGAGAGGGAGACUAAGGACUUUGAGUUUCGUCAGCUGAAGAAAACACGACUUUUCAACUCCCCUGAAGAGACCCCCAAGGAACGGUCCAAUCUCUUGGCGAUCUCCAACAAAUAUGGGCUUUUCUUUGCCGGGGGACCACCGGGUCUUAAGAUCUAUCACACAAAAGAUCUGCUUGUUCCUGUUCAGCCUGGGCAAGAUCUGAAUGACAUUGUUGUGGGCCCCCCAGGAAUAGAUGUGCCUUUAAAGCACCCUGCGCACCAUUUGGCUCUGAGCUCUGAUCAUCUCACCCUGUCUAUAUGCACUGCGUCUACUGAAGGCACCCUGAUUGCAUUUUAUGAUGUUCGGACCCUGUUAAAUAAGGCCAAACCGCAGAAACAGCCUUUUGCUUGUUACAAGCUGGCAAAUGAAGGGAGUAUAACUGUCUCUGACCUUAAGUGGAAUCCUGCCAUACCUGCCAUGGUAGCUGUGUGUCUGAGUGAUGGCAGCAUAUCUGUCCUGCAGGUGGCCGAUGCCGUGAGUGUGUAUGCCUCCCUCCCUGCCAGUCUGGGUGUAACGUCAGUCUGUUGGAGCCCGAAAGGGAAGCAGCUCGCUGUGGGCAAGCAGAAUGGCACAGUGGUUCAGUUCCUCCCAAACCUGCAGGAGAAGAAAGUGAUUCCCUGUCCCUCCUUCUAUGAUACCGAGAAUCCAGUGAAAGUGCUGGAUGUCCUGUGGGUCAGUACGUAUGUCUUCGUCGUGGUAUAUGCAGCUGCUGAUGGGUCGCUGGAAGCCACUCCUCAGCUUGUAGUCGUAAUGCUUCCGAAAAAGGAAGACAAGAGAGGAGAGUGCUUUCUGAAUUUCACAGAGACCUGCUACAGCAGCUGUGCCGAGAGACAUCAUCAUUUCUUCUUGAAUUAUAUUGAUGACUGGGAUAUUCUCCUAGGGGCUUCUGCAGCCUCCAUAGAAGUUUGUGUGAUUGCCCGGCAAGCAGAUCAGGCCAGUUAUGAAUUGUGGUUACUGGAAGACUCGGGCCGCGCCGAGCUGCCCAUGACGGAUAACGGCGAUGAUACCCUUCCCAUGGGACUGGCGGUGGAUUAUACGAAUCAACUGGAAAUAGCCAUCAGCGAAGAGAAGACUCUGCCACCUACCCCCAUUCUCCUGAUACUGUCCACGGAUGGUGUCCUGUGUCCUUUUCACAUGAUCAAUUUAAACCCAGGUGUGAAGUCUCUAAACACACCUUUGGAGCAACUGGCAAUAGAAGGAGAGAGGCAACCAAUCACGGGUGGAUCUGGCUUCACUGUUCCAUCCUCUGCUGCGGCUCCUGUUGCCCCAUCAAAGCCAUCCGCGCCUCCGCCUGCCGCCGCCGUCAGCGCACCCAAUCCUGCCGCUCCCUUCGCAUCCUCGUUUGCGGCCCCGUUUAAUUCCGCUAAGCAAACCAGCCAGCUGGCUUUCUCUUUCCAGCCCAUGCAGGGCACUGGGGUUUUUGGGGCAAGUAGUUUAAAGCCUGGCGCCCCUGCACCUCCAGCGCAAACAUCACAACCUGCAUCAAGUUUCAUACCUGCGUCAUCCACGGUGAAAGUGAACCUCAAAGAUAAAUUCAGUGCAGUGGAGGUGCCGUCUCCUGCGUCCGUCCCCAAUCUCUCUUCCUCAUCCUUUUCUAACAAGCCGCCUGCAUCAGGGGAUCCCCAGAGUCGGACAGCCACCUUCCAACCGCAGGCCACCCCAGGGCCCGGCAGGCAAGUCCUUGGACAAGCGACCCAGCCAGUAUCAAGCACGCCCGUUGCCUCUUCCCAGAAGACGUCCAAAGCGAACACCCCGGCUGCAAAGCAGACCCCAUCCCAGCCCCAGACAAAUGUUGCAAAGGAGUCCGUUCCAAUUCUGAAUGCCAUUAAAGAAGAGAUCGCUCACUUCCAGAAAGAGCUGGAUGACCUGAAAGCUCGGACAGCAAAGGCUUCUUUCUCGGUGGGCAGUGAGGCUGAAAUACGGCAGCUAAAGACGCAGACUGACGAUCUUCACUGUUUCAUCCUUGAGAUCAAGGAAACAACAGAGUCACUUCAUGGAGAUAUGGGAAAUCUAAAAACCAACCUCUUGGAGGGAUUCGCCAACAUAGAGGACGCCGGUGAACAAUUAGAGCGUCAGCGUGACCCCAGAUACAGGCACCUACUGUACAAGAGACCGCUGGAUCCCAAGAGCGAAGGCCUGAUGCAGGAAAUCCGUCGGACGCAUCAGUACGUGACGUUUGCGGUGCAGGAUGUGAAUGAUGUGUUGGAUCAGGACUGGGAUCAGUACCUGGAGAAAAAGAAAAAACAAAAAAGCCUAAUUGUUCCUGAGCGGGAGAAGUUAUUUAAUAUACUGGCCAAUAAUCGAGAGAUCAUCAACCAGCAAAGACAGGGGCUCAACCAGCUGGCAGACAACCUACAGGAGCUUCGGCUGUACAAUCGGACCUCCCAAUGGGGUGUACCAAUAGAGGAAUCUAUCAACAAGAGUUUUGAAGCAGAGUUGGAAAGUUUGAGUACCAUAUUGUCAAAGACCACGAUGGAUAUACAAAGAAAACCAAAAACCCCACCCAAACUGUCAAAGGAGAAGCAGAGUCAGCUAAGGACUUUCCUAAACAACAGAAAAACUCCCCCGAUCCGAUCCCUCGCUCCAGCCAGCCUCAACCGUUCAUCGUUCCUGGCACCAGCCUUCUUUGAAGAUCUGGAUGACGUAAGCUCCACCUCAUCCAUGUCGGAGGCAGUAGAUACUGAAGAGCAGGCGCCGUUGCCACCGGUGGUGCAGAGGCAGGAGACGCCUCCUCCAGACGAGACCCCCAUCAGAGCUCCCCGGCACGCUCCCGUAGCCCGUACUUCAUCAGUUCAGCCCGGCUUUGCUCCUCCGUCGGCCCCAUUUGGGAAACCCCAGUUUGGCCCCGGUCCUAUGACGAGCACACCUAACGUCUCCGCGCAGUCGAUCAGGGUGAUACCCCAAGGAGCAGACAGCACAAUGCUAGCCACCAAAACGGUCAAACACGGUGCGCCCAACGUCCCACCCCAGCAAGCUGCGGCCGCAGCGGCCCUGAGAAGACAGAUGGUCAGCCAGCCUCCAGCCUCCUUGACUGAAACUACUCUGCAGAACGUGCCCCAAGUGGUAAACGUUAAGGAGCUGAAGGGCAAUGGUCCGAGUCCUACCAUCUCGACUGUAUUGGGGCCAUCCGUACCAAGGUCCGCUGCCCAAGCCAUUAACCUUGUCUUGGCCACCGUGGGUUCAGCCCCAGCUAAGCAGACUCCUCCUAGCGGCGUCUUAAAAAUGCACCCGGCUCCUGCACCAUCCGGCAGCACCGCUCACCCUGGGCAGGGAUCCGCACCCAGCAAGACGACAGGGCAAACUACCCAAAAAAUGGAAGCUCUUCCUGUUCCGUCGCCUGCCAACCCCACGUCUGCUCCCGUCACGCAGCCCAGCAAACCGUUUUCGUUUUCAGCCGCAAAUGCGGGUUUCGGCUUCGGUAACGUCACUCCUGCGUCUACGUCCUCAUCCGCCGGGGGAGGCAACGCUACAGUGGCAUCACGAGAUCCAGGCCAGCCUCCACCUUACGCGUUUGGCGGUGCAAGCAAAUCUCUGUUUGGCGCCGGACCAGAAGGAUCAUUUUCCUUUGGCUCUAUCAAGUCUGCGUCACCAUCAUCCAUUGCCUCAUCUGCGGAUACUUCUACCGCAGCUCCCCCGUUCCAACCACAACCGCCAUCUGCUACCAGCACAUCCUCAGCUACCAGCAACAAGUCAGAAGCCAUGAUGGCUAAACAAGGCAAUGGUCUGUUCCAGAGCUUCCCUGGUGGGGAGACGCUAGGGAGCUUUUCAGGGUUGCGAGUGGGCCAAGUGGAAGAAGUUGCCAAGGCAGAAAAUUCCAAAGCCACUUCUAAUGUACAGCCAACCAAGCCACCCAGUUCCACCCCUGUGUUUGCGUUUGGUGGCGGCAUGCAGCCUUCCAAGCCUGGAGAAGUGUCCUCGACCACUGGUAGUGUCUCCGGCACACUGUUUGGUAAUUUACAAUUAGCAAGUUCUGGAUCAUCGGCUAGCGUAUUUAACCAGGGGGGCAGUAAACCAAACCUCUCAUUUCUGCCCCUGGCAAGCACAGUGUCUGGUGCAGAGUCUUCAUCUGGAGCCUCUGCACCUCCUGCAACUCUAUCUUUUGAAAGUCUACUUGCCCCUGCUGCUUCCGCUGCUGCUCCUGCAGCUUCCGCCGCUGCCCCCGCAGCCUCUACCCUUGCUGGUCCAGCUUUUUCUGUCUCUGCCCCUACAAGUGCUGGCUCCAGCACCCUGGCAAUUAACCACCCUGUGAAGUCUGAUAAACCUGUGAGUGAAGCUGCAGCUCCACCUUCUCAGCCUCAGGGACCCUGUGUUCAAACCAUUGAAAAAGAACAAGCUCCCACGCAAACCGUGCCCAGCGCAACCCCCUUUGCAUCUGCUGUCAAUACGGCGGUUCCUGCAGCUCUACCAGCCACGUUGACCAAGGCUGAGACAAUUCCGGUCACCUCCACCCCUGUCGUGGUUGGCACAGGCCAAAGCGCCAUCACAUCUGCAUCAGCUGUAGUCAGUCCUACGUCCAUAAGUACGCCCCCCGGAGGUCUCCCUUCCCAAACGCUACUUGCUACACCUUCUCCUUUGGCUCCUCCAGAGAGCGCACCGGGGACAGCUCAGCUAGGAGGUUCAACGGCCGUGAGUUCUGUAUUCGGUCAGCCAGCUGCCCCUGCUACAUCGGCUCCAUCCGCGGUGCCGGUGUUUGGGCAAGCUCCAGUAACAUGUGCGGCUUCUGGUCCCUUCGGCCAGCAGGCUACCAGUUCUGCAAGCACGCCGGCCAGCACCGGCUUUGGCACGUCUACGUUCGGACUGGCGGGGACAGGAGGAGGUGGAGCAGCCUUUGGUCAGCCCUCUUUUGGCCAGACACCGUCACUAUGGAAAGCACCAGCCAGCUCCGCCAAUACUUUUUCCUUUGCCCCGUCUCGAUUUGGUUCACCACCUGCUUUCGGGCAACCAUCAACAUCUACCGCAGCUGCAUCAAGUAGUGGUGGCCUCUUUGGAAGCUCUUCAAGCACCAGCACUGCCGGCUCUUUCUCUUUUGGUCAGCCGUCAAGCAGCAGUGGAACUACCACCACGGGAGGUGGCCUGUUUGGCCAGAGCAGCACCCCAGCCUUCGGACAGAGCUCUGGAUUUGGACAGGCUGCCCCAGUAUUUGGUAGCACCAGCUCUUCUACUACCACCACCACUUCAUCCACAGGCUUCGGCUUUGGCCAGUCAUCGGGCUUCCCUACCAGUUCAUCCGGCUCGUUGUUUGGUCAAUCUCAGACGCCAACCACAAGUAUAUUUGGACAGCCGUCUUCCUCUGGAGGUCUCUUUGGCUCCUCAAGCGCAGCAAGUAGUGGAGGAUUCUUCAGCGGCCUUGGUGGUAAACCCAGUCAAGAAGCAGCCAACAAGAACCCGUUUGGAGCAUCCACUUCCGGAUUUGGAUCAUCCGGUAGUCCCAACGCCACCAGUCUGUUUGGAAAUAGCGGGGCCAAGACGUUCGGAUUCGGUACACCAUCUUUCGGGGAACAGAAGUCAAGUGGGACGUUCAGCGCAGGAGGCAGCGUAGCUAGUCAGGGAUUCGGGUUUACAAGCCCUGCUAAGACAGGUGGCUUUGGCGCUGCUCCGGUGUUCGGCAGCCCUCCAACCUUUGGGGGGUCCCCUGGUUUCGGAGGGGUGCCAGCAUUCGGUACAGCCCCAGCCUUUGCAAGCCCUCUGGGCUCGACGGGAGGCAAAGUGUUCGGCGAGGGUACAGCUGCAGCUAACGCAGGCGGAUUUGGGUUUGGAAGCAACACCGGUAGCACAACAUUUGGAAGCCUAGCCACCCAGAACACUCCGACCUUUGGCUCGCUGUCCCAGAACCCUGGAUUUGGAGGACAACAGAGUAGCGGGUUCUCUGGUUUCGGCUCUAGCACCGGAGGGGCAUCUGCAGGGACCAGCGGAGGGUUUGGAUUUGGAGUUUCGAAUCAGUCUUCAUCAACCUUUGGCGGCGGCUGGAGGGGAUGAAAAGAUCAGAAAGCCAGCGGAAAGGACGCCGCCACCCCGCUCAGCAGCGUUUGCUUUAUGAGUUCUCGUAUUCUUUAUGUUUUGCGCUGCUGAUGCUUGUUUCCUCGUUUGGACAGAAAUAUCCCUGGAUGUCCUGUUGUAUUUUAAUAAACUCUGUGUUUUUGUUACAGUUGAA